AUGGCGCGAGGAAUGGCCGGCUCCCGUGGGAGGUUGGCAGUCGCGCUGGGGCUGAUGGCUUUGAUGAUGCCGGUCGUGUGGUCUGCCAACAACGUGGGGUCUUUCGAGGUGCUUGACUCGCAGGCCGCAUCGGAGAACGUGGGAGACUUCCUGAAACGAGGAAGCGGGGAGCACACGGAGAACUGGGCCCUCCUCGCGGAAGCUUACUUCAUGGUGGCCCAUGGUCUGACGCAUCUGCACAGAACUGUGAAGAGGCUGGGCAUGCCGGAUUCGCACAUCAUCCUUAUGUUAGCGGACGACAUGUCGUGCAACUCGAGAAACUCCGAGCCAGGGAGUGUGUUCAACGAUGAUGUCAAGAGGCUCGACUUGUACGGGGACAACAUUGAGGUGGAUUACAGAGGUUAUGAAGUGACUGUAGAAAACUUUCUAAGAGUGCUUACGGGACGUCAUCCUGACGGAACGCCGCCCUCCAAGCGCCUCAACACCAAAUCAACUAGCAACAUCUUGAUCUACAUGACUGGACAUGGAGGAGACGAAUUCUUGAAGUUUCAGGAUGUGGAGGAACUGUCGAGCAGGGACAUCGCGGAUGCUUUCGCACAAAUGUGGGAGAAGGAACGCUACAAUGAGAUCCUCUUCAUGGUGGAUACAUGUCAAGCCGGAACCCUGGCAAAUCAUUUGUACUCCCCGAACAUUUUCGCUGUGGGAAGCAGUCAGAAAGGAGAAAACUCCUACUCCUGGGGGCACGAUGACUACAUAGGACUUUCUCUAGUCGAUCGAUUCACCUACGUUCUGCUCGAAAGCCUGGAGAAGGUGGCUGUGGACAUUUCUGCUCCUCCGCUCAUCUCCUCUGUGAAAGCUCUCGAUUGGAAGCGAUGCGACGUUGUUGAGUGUUCUGCGCACGUUGGAUCCAAGAACCCUGAGAGCUUUUCGUCCAACGUCGAGGACUCAGAGUCAUCUGCCGGACCAUGGCAUCAGGACACCAAGGCAGGGCUUUCCUACGGAACUCCGAUCACGUUGUCGCCUCAGACAGACGAGAGAUGGAGGAUGAGCCUCUUCUCGCUCCUUGUCUAUGCUGCACUCGCCAUCUUUUUGCUCCUCGCCGCCGCCCCCGACUCCCCGACAAGACGGACCGUGUACAACUAG